AUGACAACGUCCAGGACAUCUCCUCCUACAACCAGAACUUCUCGUCUAAUCUCAAAGACAUCUCCUCCAACAUCGUCUAGGACAUCUACUCCAACAUCGUCUAGGACAUCUGCUUCUUCAUCAAGAUCAUCGCUGCUAAUAUCAAGGACUUCAAGCUCUUUCUCAGAGACAACCCAGACAUCUCACAGAGUCUCGUCCUUGCAGGGCUCACGGGUAUCAUCGGAUGAGUCACCGAGAGAAAAUCGUCGUAAAUCACCAAAGAAGUCAUCUCCACGCCAAUCCUCUAGUCCGAAGUCAUCCUCAUCCACCUCCAGUACGUCAACUCCCAGACCUCUCUCCAAACCAAAGGCUCCUGUCCCUGACUCCCCUCACAAGUCAUCCUCAACUCGAUCAUCUCCUCCUAAGUCCAUACCUACCAAGAAGAGUCCUUCUCAGAACUCUUCAAAAAAGGCGUCCUCAGAAUCAGGAGUAGGUAGGACAUCUCGUAAUCCACACCGUCCUCUCAGAUCCAUCUUAAAAUCGACCAUCUCAUCCUCCUCAAGGUCAUCUCAGACGACGAAACGAGUCAGAUUCUCGUCGCCUAUCGCAGACAUCGAUCGUUCGUCUAACCCAUCGCUUUCAACGUGCUCUAGAGCACCAGUACUCUUAGCUGCAUGUAAAGCCUUUGCCAUAUCUUCAAAUGGAUCGCCUAAAUUAGUACGUCUUCUCAWUGAUCCUGGAUCAGAGUWRACKUUAGUYUCYUCUAAAAUCAUAGCUAAGCUAAAGCUUAGCCGUUCUCCAGGAAACAUUUCUAUUCAGGGUGUGGGUAGUACAUCUCCAGGAGCGACCCAAGGUCAAUGGAUCUUCAAUCCUCCAGCGGCACCAAAUAUUGGUGGAAAAUGGGAGGCGGCGGUGAAAUCAAUCAAGUACCAUCUUAAACGAACCAUCUCGGAUACGUUGCUAACGUUCGGAAACUUCUCCACGUUCUUAGCUCAAGUUGAGGCGGUUCUCAAMUCUAGACCUCUCAGCUCUCUCUCGGAAGACCCUGAUGACAUCAGAACAUUAACACCAGGGCAUUUCAUCAGAGGGGAAGCAUUAACAACUAUCCCCGAGCCUUCUCUAAUAGACAUCUCAGAUUCCAGGUUAUCUCAUUUCCAGCGGAUUCAAGAGCGCUUCCAGCAAUUUUGGAAAAGGUGGUCGACGGAAUGCCUGCAAGCGCAUCAGACCACAUCCAAAUGGCAAACAUCGCAGAACGAUAUCAGGGAAGGGUCUCUUGUCCUCAUUACUGACGAACGUCUUCCUCCGUCAAAGUGGCCUCUCGCCAGGGUGAUACAACUACACCCAGGAAAGGACGGUCUCUGCAGGUUUGUCACGCUAAAGACCGCCACCAGCACUAUCACUAGACCUAUCGUCAAGCUCGCACCAUUGCCUCUCCAACCGCACAAGGAAUAA